AUGUUUUUGUACGCGUUUAUAAUUACGUUUUUGGCCAUUGCAUUGACUGCUCUAUACCAUCGCUACAAUAGAACUACAAGAUUAAUUAACAAAAUUCCUGGUCCAGCGGGAUGGCCGAUAAUUGGAAAUUCUCUCAAAUACGCGUUGCCAUCAGACAAACUGUUUGCGUACCAGAGAUAUUUACCGAAGAAAUAUGGCGAAUUGAGUCAAAUUCAUGGAUUGGACAUUCGAAUAGUCAACGUAACCAACCCAAACGACAUUGAAAAAAUACUUUCCUCAACUGAAUAUAACUAUAAAGAACAUCCAUAUACAUACUUAACCAAAUGGCUUAGACAAGGAUUACUAAUCAGCAAUGGAAAUAAAUGGUUUCAACGCAGAAGAAUGCUGACGAAAACAUUUCAUUUUAAUAUUUUGAAAAAAUUUACGAAGUCAUUUAUAGAAGAGUCGGAAGAGUUUAUGAAGCUUAUAGAGAAAGAAGUUGGAAAAGAACAGACGGAUGUAUUAGAGAUGAUUAGCAAUGCGACACUACGCAUUUUAUGUGAUACAGCAAUGGGAUUUUCUGACCACGAUAAUAUGCAAUCUUCUAUAGACUCAUAUUUGGAUGGCCUACGCGUUAUAGGUCAAUGUAUAGGCAACAGAUUGGCAAAAGGUCACGAUACAACUGCUGUAGCAAUGACUUUUAUGGUGAUGACCCUGGCAAAUGAACCAGAGAUACAAGAUAAAAUUUAUGCAGAAAUGCAGCAGAUUUUUGGCGAUUCUGAUCGUUCACCCACGUCGCAGGAUUUGAGCGAUAUGAAGUACUUGGAAUGUUGUAUUAAGGAAUCGAUGCGUCUGUAUCCUAGUGCACCGUUGAUAAUGAGAUAUUUGACUAAAGAUACGGUUUUAAGUGGCUACACUAUUCCUGCUCAAACUACAUGCUGCAUUUGUAUAUAUGAUGUGCAUCGUCGUGACGAUUCAUUUCCUGAACCAGAACGUUUUAUUCCAGAAAGAUUCUUACCAGAAAAUAUCAGUACAAGACAUCCAUUCUCCUAUAUACCGUUUAGUGCCGGGUAUCGAAACUGUAUAGGUCAAAAAUUUGCUCUGUUGGAGAUGAAAGUUAUGAUGUCAGGACUAAUUCGUAAAUUUCGAUUGGAACCUGUAACAAAAACAUCAGAUUUGAUCUUUAUAACCGAUUUAGUGUUACGUACUGAAAGUCCCGUUUAUGUCAAAUUUUCUUCAAGGAAG